AUGCAAGUACUACACGUUUUGCUUUGCCUCCUGAUCUCUCUGGGACUGACAGGCAGCAGCGAGCCAGCCUUGGAGAAGGAUUUGGGGGCAGAAGAGAGCGUCUCAGACCAUGCGGAAGCUGAGAGUCAAGAAUGUUCCGCUUGUUUAUGGAGGGAGCACAGCAAAGCACUGAGGUUGGAAUCCAUCAAGUCCCAAAUCCUGAGCAAACUGCGCCUGAAGCAAGCCCCCAACAUCAGCCGCGACAUUGUCAAUCAGCUCCUGCCGAAAGCUCCCCCAUUGCAACAACUGCUGGACCGCUAUGACAUCCAAGGAGAUGACUGCUCAGCCAAAGAGCCUGCUCUGGAAGAUGACGAGUAUCACGCCACGACAGAAACUGUCAUUACCAUGGCCGCUGAACCUGACCCCUGUGUCCAAGUGGAUGGGAGUCCAAAAUGUUGCUUUUUUAAAUUUAGCCCCAAAGUCACAUUUACAAAUGUGGUGCGAGCUCACCUGUGGGUUUACCUGCGACCAGUACUGCACACCUCCACGGUGUAUCUGCAGAUCCUCAGGCUGAAACCUGUGACGGAAAAGGGCAGCAGGCACUCGCGGAUCCGAUCCUUAAAAAUAGACAUGGACUCCCGCAAUGGGCGCUGGCAAAGCAUCGACUUUAAGCACGUGCUGCAGAACUGGUUCAAGCAACCGCACACCAACUGGGGUAUUGAGAUCAACGUCUUUGAUAUGGAUGGGAAUGACUUGGCCAUCACAUCUCCAGGAAAUGGAGAGAAGGGACUGCAACCAUUUCUGGAAGUCAAAGUGGCAGAAACAAACAAACGCACCCGCCGAAACCUGGGGCUAGAUUGUGAUGAGCACUCCACAGAGUCCCGUUGCUGCCGCUUUCCGCUAACCGUUGAUUUUGAGGCCUUUGGCUGGGACUGGAUUAUUGCUCCCAAACGAUAUAAAGCCAAUUAUUGCUCUGGUCAAUGCGAGUACAUGUUCAUGCAGAAAUACCCGCAUACCCACCUGGUGCAUCACGCCAAUGCCCGAGGGUCAGCAGGCCCCUGCUGCACGCCAACCAAAAUGUCGCCCAUCAAUAUGCUUUACUUCAAUGACAAGCAAGAGAUCAUCAACGGGCAAAUCCCAGGCAUGGUGGUUGAUCGAUGUGGCUGCUCCUAAAGCGAAAAAACAGCCAAAUGUCUCCCCCCAUCCCCCACCACUGAAACAUUCAUGAUUCAAGAAUGUGUCCAAACUAUGCCAUGCACUGUGCAAUAAGGAGAGACAGACAGACAGACAGAGAGAGACAGAGAGACAGAUCUAGAGAGAGCUCGAGAGAUAUUCUUAGAGAGAGAGUGAGAAAGAGAGAACCUCAUGCAUCAGAAACAUCCCCUGUAAAAAAAGCCAUUUAAUAACUAGGACUAACUGAUCCCAGAUCCUCUCUCCUAACCCCCAACUGCACAACUGAAACAGUAACCACUGAUCACAAUAUCAGAGCAAAUAAUCUUGGAGGAGUUGCUGAGGCCACCAAUACCAGUGAAACGAAUUAUACUCAAAAACAAAAGAUAAUUGGGAUCAAUUUGUCAGUUUUGACUCAACAGAUUUUGCAGAUGCACGACCUUGCUAGGCAGUGGCCCCGUUUAAUUUUGCUGUUUAAACAAAAAAAAAUUAAAACAUUAAAAUCCCAUU